CUGAAACUGGGAAGAAACAGUCUCAGCGACAUUUUCAAAGGACUAAGAAGUUGUCCCGUCUGUCUCGGCCGACAUUACGCGCUAGAAUGUCGUCUAUGCUGCAAGACAAUUAAUACUGUCACUCAUAUACUGACAGCAGCAUGUCGGAGUCUAGUAAAUUAAUAAAAACGUACAUAGCUAUUAGCUAGUUAGCUGGCUAACUAGCACGCUUAACGAAUAAGCCUGCGUUUGUUAUCUCAAGCCAAGAGGACGUUCGGUUUGGGCAGUUAAAACGUUACUGUCAGUUGGACUGUAGCAAAGUCAGACUCACGUAGCUUUACUGGAUACAAACAGUAUUCACAUGUUUGGUCAGUUAUGGUCGAAAUGGAGCUAUUUCAAGCAAAGGAUCAUUAUAUUCUCCAAUGCGGUGACAACGCACUGUGGUGCAGCAGGAACGAUGGUACUAUGAGCGUGAGACCCGCUACUGACCUGCUGUUGGCAUGGAACCCUGUUUGCCUGGGCCUUGUGGAGGGCCUCAUUGGGAAGAUACAGCUCCAUGCUGAUCUUCCUCUGUGCCUCGUCUUGAUCCGGCAGAAAGCACUGGUCGGAGAGUUGCCAGGAAACCACAAAGUGUACAAGAUCACCAAAAUAGCUGUGGUGGAGCUGUCGGAAGAUGAACCCCAGGACUUGGAGCUGGAGCUUUGCAAGAAGCACCACUUUGGGAUCAACAAACCAGAGAAGAUCGCACAAUCCCCAGACGAGUCCAAGUUCCUGCUGAAGACGCUGAAUCAGAUCAAGUCCAAUGUCGCUCAGCCCACCAAGAAAAAGGUCAAGGAGAACAAGGAGAAGGAGCGUCUCGAGAGGCGACUGCUCGACGAACUGUACAAGAUAUUCAUGGACUCGGAUUCCUUCUACUACAGCCUGACCUAUGACCUCACUAACACCGUUCAGCGACAGGGAGCCGCGGACAAGUCGGACCUGCCCAUCUGGAAACGGGUGGAUGACCGCUUCUUCUGGAACAAGCAUAUGAUUCAGGAGCUCCUGGACCUUCAGGUGCCCCAGGUGGACUUCUGGGUGGUCCCCGUCAUCCAGGGCUUUGUGCAGGUGGAGGAGCUGGUGGUCAACUACAACGACAACUCCGACGAGGAGAAGAGCAGCCCGGACACGCCCCUUCAGGAGCUCACCUGCGUGGACAACAUUCACCCCCGCUUCGCCGUGGCCAUCAUCUCCCGCCGCAGUAGACAUCGCGCUGGGAUGCGGUAUAAGCGGCGAGGUGUGGACACAGAUGGCCACGUUGCCAAUUAUGUGGAGACGGAGCAGCUGAUCCACGUCCACAGUCACACGCUGUCCUUUGUGCAGGCCCGCGGCUCCGUCCCCAUAUUCUGGAGUCAGUCAGGGUACCGCUACAACCCUCGGCCCCGCCUGGAGAAAGAUGAAAAGGAGACCGUUCCGUACUUUGCUGCCCACUUUGACCAGCAGCUCAGCGUCUACAAAAAACAGGUGAUCAUCAACUUAGUGGACCAGAGUGGCAGAGAGAAGAUGAUUGGCGACGCAUACCUCAAGCAAGUGCUGCUGUACAACAACCCCAACCUGACAUACGUCUCCUUUGAUUUUCACGAGCACUGCCGGGGAAUGAAGUUUGAGAAUGUGCAGACCCUAACAGAUGCCAUUUGGGAUAUCAUCACAGACAUGAAAUGGGCCUGGGUGGACCAAGCAGGAGUCAUCUGCCAACAGGAGGGCAUCUUCCGGGUGAACUGCAUGGACUGUCUGGACAGGACCAAUGUUUUGCAGGCCGCUAUCGCCCGAAUGGUCAUGGAGCAGCAGCUGAAGAAGCUCGGCGUGAUGCCUCCAGAGCAGCCGCUGCCCGUUAAGUGCUACCGCAUCUAUCAGGUCAUGUGGGCCAACAACGGGGACACCAUCAGCCGACAGUAUGCCGGUACCGCUGCCCUCAAGGGAGAUUUUACACGAACGGGAGAGAGGAAACUGGCUGGAGUGAUGAAGGAUGGCGUCAACUCAGCAAAUCGCUACUACCUGAACCGCUUCAGAGAUGCCUACAGGCAAUCUGUUAUUGACCUCAUGAUGGGCCUGCCGGUGACGGAGGACCUGUACUCCAUCUUCAGUAAGGAGAAGGAGCACGAGGAGAAGGAGAAGGAGAGCCAGCGCGGAGUGCAGGAGCAGGUCAGCAUACUGCUGCAGACCUACAUGCAGCUGCUCCUGCCCGACGACGAGAGGUUUCACGGCGGAUGGGCCCUCAUCAACUGUGACCCCAGCCUCAUUGAUGCAACACACAAAGAUGUGGACGUCCUGCUGCUCCUGUCCAACAGCGCUUAUUAUGUGGCUUACUAUGAUGAUGAGGCUGAUAAAGUGAACCAGUACCAACGUCUCAGUUUGGAAGGCUUGGAAAAGAUAGAGAUAGGACCUGAGCCCACUCUGUUUGGGAAACCAAAGUACUGUUGCAUGAGGCUGCACUACAAGAACGAGGAGACCAGCGGCUACUUCCACACGCUGAGGGCGGUGUCGAGGAACCCAGAGGACGACGGGAAAGAUACGUUGCAGUGCAUAGCUGAAAUGCUUCGAAUAGCCAAACAGGCCAUGGAACAAGAGCUGCCGAUAAUUGAGAAGAGACUGGAGAGGAGACACAGUAAACCCCAUGAAGACAUAAUGGGCAUCCAAGGCAGAGCAGGAGAUCAGGCUCUGGGUUCCGGUCUAGCUCAGGGCAAAAGCUUCCUCCUCAACAAGUUCUCGUCUCUCAACCAGAAGGUCAAGCAGUCCAACCUCGGUCGACUGGGCACCUUCUCCAAGCCGGAGGUGAAGGUGAACUUCCUGAAGCCCAACAUGAGGGUCAACCUCUGGAAGUCGGACAGCAGCCUGGAGACCACCGACAGCAACCCGGGCUCGGUGGCCAUGAAGGACCUGUGCGACAACCACUCCGAGAUCUCGUCCGACUCGGACUCGUACAACUCGGACGAGCAGCCGCACGCCAGCUCGCUGGACACCGCGGACUACGUGCUGCCCAGCUGCGGCAUCGUGUCGGCGCCGCGCCUCAACAGCCGCUCGCAGUCCGUCAGCAGCGUGGAGAUCGCCGUGCCCACCGUCGUCCACGGCACCAACACCGACUACAGCCAGGGCGACGGGCCCUCGCCCGAGACCGCCGAGGAGGCCAUCCUCAUAGACUUCGGCACGCCCAUUGACGUUUACUGCCACCAGUUUGCCCAGGACGCUCAGACCAAGCCUGUGGAGGAGGGCAAGGAGGAGCAGCCGACUCUCCCCCAGAACCUCAGUGCUAAAGCCCCUCCGUCCACUCAGGAGGCCCAGCCAGGGUCUCAGCCCCAGCAGCCCCAGCAGCAGCAGCAGCCGCCACGGGUCAAAGAGGAGCCGCAGCUCUCCCGGCCGUCCCAGCUGAACGUGCAGCCCUCCGCGCCCACCUCCAACCUCUUGACCGUCCAGGCGGCGGGCUCGGCCGUGUCGGGCGGCUCGGCCUGCUCCCAGAGGAGCCUGGGCUCCCAGCUGGAGGGCAGCCUGGGCCCCUCGCCGGCAGACAGCAACGGCAGCCGGGUGGUCUCCCCCUUCGCCAAGAUCAAGAGCUCCAUGGUGCAGGUGGCCAGCCUGACGCAAGCCGGACUCACCCAAGGGAUCAACUUCGCCGUGGCCAAGGUUCAGAAAAGUCCCGAACCGGAGGUGGUCAGCGAGACGGUCAACGAGAACGAACUGAAAGCAAUGUUCACACAGUGCCAGACCCGGAUUAUCCAGAUCUAGCACCUUUUGGUUUGGCCUUUGUGCGGUUCUUUUUUUUUCCGAGUCUUUCUUUUUUUUUCUUUUUUUUUAAUUCUUGUGGUAGAACGUGACUUCCAGUACAGUAGCAGUAGCAUAAGCUUGCACAAUGGGGCACACUGACAUCAGCUGAAAUCCCUGCUCUUAAUCCACCCUCUAGUUAACCUAACAGAUGUUUACAGCCAGUGUUGUGUAGUGUGUAGUAAACCUAAUCUAACUUGACCGUGCCCUUAAUCUGACUAACGUCUCAUGCAUCCAUAUUCCAUGUGUCUUGCAUGUCAGAGGGUUUAGUCUGUGGUAGCUAGAUCGAGGCAGGCAAGCUGUGUUGCUGCAUGUCAAGAAACUACCUAUAGAUUAGUCACUUGUGAUUCCCAACCGAGCAGUACACUUGUUGGUGGACGUCUUUUCCGUGUGAGCGUAUUCCCUGUAGCUGCUUCCUGAACACAGGUAGAAAUAACUGACCAAACUUCUUCGACAUGGGCAGCUCAGCGCGAGACCGCACAUAAAUGGGAACAUUUAAAAAUGUUAAAUAUCAUAAACGUUGUGUUUUAUCAUUAGAAAAUGCACCAAAGUAGGAACUGAAUAAUGCAAGAGCUGUUCAAUAUGUACAGUAAGUAUUGUAUGUAAUUACUAUGUACUGUGUAUCUUUAAUAGCCCCUCUAAUAGACAUAUUUCUACAGUAAGGUUUUAUUGAUGCUCCGGAGUGAUGGUGUUGGUGGGAUGUGUGACCUUUUCACUUCUCACUUGACGUACGCUUGGUCACAGGAGUCACUGUUGUGCUCUCAUGCUUGGACUCCAGUUUUAUUUUAGAAUAGGUCAGAAGUCUCAAGGCAGACCUGGAGAAGCAGGCUAGUUUCCUGGGGAAAUUCGGUCUGACGGAAUUGGCUAAUUGAAUUGGCCUUUAAUCGAAACAUAUUCAGAAUAAUUAGCAAUGAUUUUAAAAGAUCUGUCAUAAAUGUCAUUAUUCGUCCAUUUGUGGGGGAAGAUCAUAUACAGGGAGCCCCAGCCAAAUGUUUGAUCACUGUUAAAUGCUUUUUGCACUCUUACAUCUGAAGAGUAAGCCUUAACAGAUACAUGUCAACUAUUUAUUGCAAAUCUAACAUAAGUUGCUAUGUGUUGUGCUGUUUUUCUUUCUCAUUCAGGUGAUUAUGAUUGUGGGCUGUUGGUGUUUCAGGUUGUAGCCAUAGGAAAUCCGGGUAUAUGCCAUGGUUCUCAAAUACUAUCAAAAUGCAUUGAGAAGAUACUGUAGGGCAUCAUUUCAGCAUUCCUUUUUGGUGCUCAUUUCUGCUUUAUAAUUUCCAACAACUCUUGUUUAUUUACAAAAACAAAGUCAUUUAUUUAAUGUUCAUGUCAUAAUUUGACAUUGAGACCUCAUACAGUUCCUGAUUAGUUGAGAGCAAACAGUUGUGGUUGUGUUCUAUAAUGCUACGGCUUUCUAGCACCAAUUCACCCCCCCCCACAUCCUACUCAGUCUCAAGGUCCCUUCUGUGAAGUGUCUGCCAAUCAGCAUUAUGGGCAGUUUGUUUAGAGCAAUGCAAUUACAGUUUGAGUUCUGAAAUGUCAGAUGGAUGUUUUAUUAGUAGCACGAUCUUAAAAAGAAAAACCCAACAACCUCACACCGCCUUCAGUUCUUUGCACAUCCUGUGACAAACAUAUCUAAAUUUAGAGCAACCACAAUGUGACACAUUAAUGAGGCUAUAGACGAUAUAGACUGUGGCCACUGCUAAGAAAAUGAAUGUUGAAAAGAUGUUUAUGUGGAAACCAAAUGGCAACAGCGUUUAUUUGGAUAUUGUAUGUCCACAAAAAGGAAUCUAUUCAUUUUUUAUUAUUAUUAUUGGUGCAAUUAUUGAGUUUGAGGCUAAACGAAAGAUCAGGUUGCGUUGUUGGAGAAAACAAUUGCACUGACAUUAUUGUGAAAUAUAGUUCUUAGUUUAUUUGUAAUAUUUUAAAUCUCUGUGCGGAGAAUUGGCUCCUUGCACUGACCUCACAUGGUCAACUAUGUUUUUUUCCCCCUCAGAUUAAAUAUAAUCUGUUAUCCCUUACAUUGCAACUUUUGAGAUUAUAUCUUUGCCUGAACAUAAUUCACACCUUUCCUGCUCAAAUUGCGCCUUAAAAUGCGAAAGAGUUGAUACUCUAGAAUUUGCAUUUUCCCCCUUACUCCCAAAACUGAACCUGAAGUCUUCACAAGUUAACAACAAAAAAAUUGAUGGAAGUUGGUGUUGCCUUGAUGUUCCCAGUCAUUGGUCGUCUCUGAAAACUCAUUACCACCACCUAUCAGAGGUUGGCGUGUACUUUUCAGUAACUCACUGCUACCACACUCCAUGUGUUUUGAAUUAGUGUUGUGCAGACUUAACUCUUGCAUAUGAGUUAUGCACCGUCAUUUUUUGUUUUGUUUUGUUUGUUUGUUUGGUUACAAAGCUAUGGCAAGAUUGUGCUGGGUUGAAAACAUUCUGUUUGGGUUUAUUAUAUUAUAAGAAGUGCAUGCACUGGACUGGUUCUCAAAGUUUGACCCUAAAAGGAUGUUUGGUUACAGAGGUACAUAUUUAAGCAUUGACACUGACAAAAAGCAUUCCUUCCUCUUCAUCUGGGUUCUUAAUGUUUUGAGAGAAUAUUCAUGUUCUAUGCAUAAGGAUUUUCCUUAAGUAUGCACAAUCUUCCCCUGUUUUUGUCUCCUGGAACUGUAUUUGCUUUCUCUUUUACUUUUUGUCUAACACACAAAGUGCUUAUGAAACCUGUUUACUUUUGCCAUUUAUGCAUUUACUUCACUGAGCAAACAUUUUCCCCUCAAGUUCACUCCCUUCCUCUCCGACCAGUGAGUGACCUGACGAAAAAUCCCAGUUUGAAGUACCUGACUUCCUGUGUUCACAUGUGAUUGUUGCAGUGUUCACGCACUUUCUAGCAUCUUCCUCUGUUGUCUGUGCAGUGGUUCACUAAUGGGGAUUUGUCCAGUGUUGUCAUCCCGUUUUAUUCAGAGUUUUAUUUCAUAGUGAAAUAUAUUUAUUCUUAUUUCAUACUUAGUUCUUUCCUCAAUUAUUUCCUAAAAACUGAGCAUAAAUAAUAACUGUGUAAACUGCUGUAUUUUAAAAUGUAAUGGGGCAUAUAUGGGAGGAUUUUUAAGUAAAUAAUUUCA